AAUUAAUGAAUGACGAAAUGGGGCCGGGUGCGGUGAGUGGAGCCUGCGCUGAAGGGGUCCUGGAGUCAAUACGUUAUCUGAGAUAACAAGGUGUAGAGCUGGAUGAACACAGCAGGCCAAGCAGCAUCAGAGGAACAGGAAAGCUGACGUUUCGGGCCUAGACCCUUCAGAAAUGUUGUCUUCCGGAUUAAGGGAACAAUGACUUUCUGUUUACUGUAUUUACAGCACGUUGAAGGGGAAGCAUUUCCAGAUCGUCAAUUCCACCCAGAUGUCACAGCAAGAACUAACAGAGUCACUCCAUUCACCAGCACCUCACUAUCAUCGGCUUUUCACCAUCCAAGAUGCUGCCAGACCUGGUGAGCUUUUCCAGCAAUGGAAAAUGACUCCAGAAUUCCGAGUUGCAUAGGGAUUUAAAGUAUGCGUCAUGAAGAACUAGUAUGCAGACAGAACUGAAACCAUGUCACCCAUUUCUCAUUCAACAUUCAGAGACUGAUGAUAUUCAGGUUUGAAUGAAUCGAGUGACUCUGUCAGAUAUAGAUGUGGUGCUUAGUUUGGAUUUCCAGUCAGCAAUCCUCUGCCAGAACGUUGUAAAAGGAGAUUACAAAAGCCCUCACUAUCAGUCCACAAUAGAAAUUCAGGCCGGACAAUUCCAGUCUAUCUGGAACAUUCAUUUCCAUCCUGUUAUCCCAAAAAAAACUAAUCCAACCAAAUGAAGUCAAAAUUAGUAACAAAGUUUCCAGAAAAGCAAAGGGACCUUUCCGACCUAAGCCAGAAUAUUAUUUCCAAAGUCUGAGACACUCCAUUCUCAAGGUACCCAGCAAUUGUGGCAACUAUCAGGUUGAAUGUCACUACCUGCUCACCAGGACCCAGUUAGAACCAGUGAACCUGAAGCCCCGUCCUCAAGCCGCGUCACGACGCUGAGACGCAAGUGCGCUCGUCAUCGCGGAUCCAAGAUGGCAGCCGUUAAUUUGAAGUUCUUCCCGGGGAAAAGCGCCAGGGAGCUGAAGAUUUUUGAAAACUUGGGGGAUUUUUCUCUUACUACCAUUCUUCUGCUACUUUUCCAGCUGUGACAUCCAGCAGGAGAAAUCGGUGAAAUUGUUUCAGAAUUUCACAGGGUAUUAAAACGAGAUCUUUAAAGUUCGGAGACUGAAACCAAACAUCACAUCAGGGUCUGAGAGAGUUAUCCAAUUUAUCAAAACCUGAAUAUCCUUGGAUGGUGAACAUGGAAAGAAAAAGCACCACUCACAGUGGGGAGAAACCAUACAUGUGUUCUAUGUGUGGACGAGGUUUCAGCCAAUCAUCUGGUCUAUCAAAACACAAGUGCAGCCAUGCUGGGGAGAAACCGUGGAAAUGCGGAGACUGUGGGAAGGGAUUUAAAUCACCUUCAAAGUUGGAAAUGCACCGGCGCAGUCACACUGGAGAGAGGCCAUUUACCUGCACCAAAUGUGGGAAAGGAUUCACUCAAUCAACUCAUCUCCUGAAACACCAGCGAGUUCACACCGGGGAGAGACCAUUUACCUGCUCUCAGUGUGGGAAAGGAUUCACUCAGUCAACCCACCUGCUGGAACAUCACCGUGUUCACACUGGGGAGAGACCAUUUACCUGCUCUGAGUGCGGGAAAGGAUUCACUCACUCAUCCAACCUGCUAAAACACCAACGAGUUCACACUGGUGAGAGGCCAUUCAUUUGCUCUGAGUGUGGGAAAGGAUUCACUCAGUUAUCCAGUCUGCUGUCACACCGGCGAGUUCACACAGGAGAGAGGCCAUUUACCUGUUCCGAGUGUGGAAGGGGAUUCACUGUCUCCUCCGACCUGCUGAGACACCAGCAUGUUCACAAUGAAGACAGACCUUUUAAGUGCCCAGUCUGUGGAAAGAGCUAUAAAAGUUCUGGGGACCUGAUGUCCCAUCAACGUGUUCACACUGAUGAAAGACCAUUUAGAUGCUCUCACUGUGGGACUCGGUUCAAGCGAUCAUCUCAACUCACUGUCCACCAACGAAUUCACACUGGGAAGAGGUCAUUCCCUUGUUCCCAGUGUGGGAAGAGAUUCCCUCAGUUAUCCCAUUUGUUGAAACACCAGCGAGUUGAAAAGAAACUACAGCCUUUGGAUGUUGCUGCUAAAUCUGACACUUGCGUGAUUAUUGAUUAAUAAGGAGGUGGUAUGGAAUGUUGUCUAUUCUUAAAGUUAAUUAUCAACUGAGAAUGUAGAAGAUGCAUCCGAGGAUACUCAGGGGUAUGAGAGGGGAAAUUGCAGAGUCUGUUGUCAAAUGUAUUUUUCAGUGUUGACACUUAUUAAUGAUGCUAGAGAAUUAGGGAUUUAUAAACAUUACACUGUGGUUAAAUCAGCUUAGCUCUAGUGGUUGGGAAAUUUAGAAACAAUAAUUUGAGUUUAAGAAAUUCUUACAUGGACAACUGCCGGUUAUUUGAGAAGAGCCGAUGUAAUUUUAAGGGAAUAUUAUUUCUCACUAACUUCCUAGAGUUUUCAAAGAGAUAACAGAAAAGAUUGAUCACCCCUAUGCUGUUGAUGUGGUGUAUAUGAAGUUCCAAAAAGCAUUUGCCAGAGUGCCACACAAUAGACUUGUGAGCGAAGUUAGAACUCAUGGAGUAAAAUAGAUAGUAACAGCAACAAUGUAGAUUUGACUGAUUGACAGGAAGCAGAGCAUUGUGAUGAAUCAAUAUUUUAAAGGCAGGAGGAAACUUUGUAGUGGAGUUUGCCAGGGAUCAGUGUUGGGUCAUUUGCUUUUCCUAAUAUUUAUUGUUACAAAUUGGUUUAAAAUAACCUUUAGUACAUAUCCACAUGUAUGUGCAAUGACUGUUUGUGAACUGUCCAAUAAGGAUAGCUGCUAUAAUCACAUUAUUUGAAUUAACAGUAAUCCAUCAUGGUUCCUCUGAAGUCAAAGUCAGCCAGAGAAUCAGCAUUUCAUAUACCCUUUGCUGAGACUGCAUUGUGAAACUGUUGUGCAACAUACCCAUAAAGACAGAAUUUGUCUGAUAAUUCCCUCACAUAAGAGGACUGCAACUUACACUACCCACAAGAAGCUGUCCUAACCUUAGAGAUGGGUCCUAGUUGUUUUGUUUAUCUGCAGUGCAAGUCUGGUGGUUACUGCCUGCCACUACCCCGACCCCCAUGGAGGCUUGAUUACACACCUCCAACAAUGUUAAUCUCAACUGCAUUUAAAGUAUAGAAUUUUGAAAUAGCAGCUUGUUCAAGGCUCAAUGCUGUUUCAUACUGCAUUUACUGAUGGUAUCAAAAACUUUAGCCUGCAGAGGUGAAGUUUCUAGCUGGUUAAAAAUAGCCACAACAUCCAUUUGUUCUAUUAAAGGUAAUCAACUUUAUUUUGUCAGAAACCACAGAAUAGAGUCCACCAAGCAAGUGGUAAAAUAUAACUCUCCUGUUAAAAGGGCAAGAUUAAAUUACAAUCUGCUUAGUGGGCGGUGGUGAAAGAUCCAGGGAGAAAUUCCGAUGGACUGUAAGGUGUCUACAUGUGCUGAGACCACUCUGACUCUGUGAAUGGCCUGAAAACGAAGGGUUGAUGGUCUUUUUUCUUUUAAAGAGGAGAUUAACUGAAACAGGCAGUAAUAAUUGAAAUAGAAAUGUAAGCAAAGCUUCCUACAAGCAUUAUAAAAGGAAAAGAGUGAGUGAGUGUUGAUUUUAUUGAUAAUGAAAAUGGGAUGUUAUUAGUAAAUAACAAGGAAAUGGUGGAUUAAAUAACAAAA